CAGUGCGGGAGGCUGGUGCGGGGCUCAGUACAAUAGGAUCGGCGCUCAGACUGGGAAACUUUAUAUCAACCCUGGAACUGAUACACCCGGGACCCAGAACCCCAACGGAGCCCAGCGGCACCCCCGGAGCUCACAGGACUGACACUGACUCCGACUGACCCUUCUGCCUCCCGCCGACCCCCGGAGCUGCUGCUGCUGAGAUGUCUGUCACCGACCCCUGAGCUGCUGCUGCUGCUGGAACUGCCCCAUGAUCCCCGGCUGUCACUUCUGUCUAUUGAUCUCUCCUGUCUCUGCCCCUUAUUUCUACCUCCUCACUAUACACCCCUAAACCCCAUUAUACCCACUGUUAUACACCCCUAAACCUCAGCCCCCGUUAUACCCACUUUCACCAGCCCUCUACUGCCCCCUACACACUGGAACCCCUGACAUUCUGAAUAUACAGACCGAGCCCCCUGAUAGUCCCCCUUUACUAUACUAAAUACUCAGGACUUUCCUACUGCCCCACAGACUCUCCCAUAAAACACUAAUGUCACUGCUGCUCCCCAUCAUACAAUGAGCCCCCCGGCACUGUCCCUCCAGUAAUCCCUGCACCCCCUCUUCUCAACCCCCUUCCACUCCGCUAGUCUGAGCCCCGUUGUACAGUAACUUACUCAGGUUCACCCUGGUUUUGCCCCCAGCACCAGAUUCACUGGCAGGUUCUUUCCUACAAUAAAUACUUGUACUUAUACUCCUGGCACCGACCCAAUACCCAGAAUUUCAUUUCCCAGCCCACGAGAAUCCCAUGGACUGGCAGAGCACCAGGGACUGACCUAUUUCCUAGGAGUGAGUUUACCCCUGGCGCUGCCCCACUCUCUGGAUUGGCACUGCCCUGGGACCCCUAUGGAGGCAUCUCAGGAUGGUCUGUACCAGGAAAACCAAAACCUUAGUGUCCACCUGUGUGAUCCUGAGUGGAAUGACCAAUAUCAUCUGCCUGCUGUAUGUGGGCUGGGUCACCAACUAUAUGGCCAACGUAUAUGUGCGGGUACAGGAGCCCGUGCCAGGCAUCAAGCUGGAGGAGGAUAAAGGGGAGACUAUUCGGAUUAUAGAGCGAUUGGACCGACUAGAAAGUGUCAUCAACCAGCACAUUCAAGAAGCGCCGCAGAAACCCGAGGAAGACCCUGCGGAACCCUUCACUGACUCCUCCCUCUUCGCUCACUGGGGUCAAGACCUGAGCCCUGAAAACCGACGGGCGGCUUUAAAGCAGUUCCAGUAUUACGGCUACAAUGCCUACCUGAGUGACCGAUUAGCCAUAGACAGACCCCUGCCAGACCUCCGGCCAGUCGGAUGCAAAAACCUCUCAUACCCUGAAGACCUUCCGCAAGUCAGUAUUGUCUUCAUCUUUGUGAACGAAGCUUUCUCUGUAAUUCAGCGAUCCAUUCAUUCUGCUGUCAAUCGAACUCCUGCCAACCUGCUCAAAGAGAUCAUCCUGGUGGAUGACAACAGCAACAACGAGGAACUGAAGGAGAAGUUGGCACAGUACGUGGAAGAUUUCAACAAGCGGAAGCCUGGAUUCAUCAAGGUGGUCCGACACAACAAGCAAGAGGGGCUGAUAAGGUCCCGGGUCAGCGGCUGGAGGGCGGCUACAGCUCCCAUUGUGGCACUGUUUGAUGCACACAUAGAAUUUAAUGUGGGAUGGGCGGAGCCAGUGCUCCUCAGGAUUAAAGAAGACCGGAGACGCAUCAUCUCGCCCUCGUUUGACAACAUCAAAUACGAUAACUUUGAGAUUGAGGAGUAUCCCCUGUCUGCCCAGGGCUAUGAUUGGCAGCUGUGGUGCAGGUACCUCAAUCCCCCCAAGUCGUGGUGGAAACUGGAGAACAGAACUGCUCCUAUCAGAACCCCUGCUUUGAUUGGCUGCUUCAUCGUGGACAGACUGUACUUUGAAGAGAUUGGUUUGUUGGAUGAAGGCAUGGAUGUCUAUGGAGGAGAAAACGUGGAGCUUGGAGUUAGGGUGUGGCAGUGUGGGGGAAGCGUGGAGGUCAUGCCCUGCUCCAGGAUCGCACAUAUCGAAAGGGCUCACAAACCCUACACAGAAGACCUGGCUCUGCAUGUCCGGAGGAACGCCCUGAGAAUGGCCGAGGUCUGGAUGGAUGAGUUCAAGAGUCACGUCUACAUGGCUUGGAACAUUCCUCAGGAGGAUUCAGGCAUUGACAUUGGCGACAUCUCCAGCAGAAAGGCCCUGAGGAAGAAGCUACAGUGCAAGACCUUCCGGUGGUACCUGGUCACCGUGUAUCCAGAGAUGAGAACCUACACCGACACCAUUGCCUAUGGGGUGCUGCAGAAUUCCAUGAAAACGGAACUUUGCCUUGAUCAGGGUCCAGACUCGGACAAUAUUCCCAUUGUUUAUAUCUGCCACGGAAUGUCCCCGCAGAGCAUUUACUACACCAGCAACCAACAGCUGCACGUGGGGAACCUCAGCCCGACCAUUGAUGACGAUGACAACCGCUGCCUGGUGGAUGUGAACAGUCGGCCACGACUCAUCGAAUGCAACUACGCCAAAGCCAAACGCAUGAAACUUUACUGGGACUUCAACCAGGGGGGUCCGAUCCAAAACAAGAAGUCGAAGCGCUGCCUGGAACUUCUGGAAAACAGCGAUAACGAGUUCGGGUACCAGUUGGUCCUGCAGAACUGCAGCGGACAGCGUUGGACGAUAACGAACUUUCAUAAAAACGUCAUCAUUACGACAUAGUGGGGAGCUCAGAGCUGUCUUUAGGGGAGCUUGAUCGGCAUUGCAAAUAGUGCUGGUGUGGAGAGGGGGUGCUGAACCCAAACUGGAGCCCCCCAGUGCAGCUCAGCCUACUUGGCACUCAGUGGGUUAAGGAGGAAACACUUGAUUCCUUUGCUACCGUGUAGCAAACGUCGUACAGUUGCCUGCUGGAUUUUUUAUUGUAUUAUCGGUGAGUGCGAGGAAAGGUUAUCGGGCUUUCAACUCUUCAUUUCCUACUUUUUAGAGGUGCCCAGCGCUGGUGAUGGUGGAAAAUAUGGAAAUAUUUUGCAACUUGAAGUGUAAAUAAAUAAGAAAUGAAGCUAUUUAUAAUGGACAAUAAAGUU